ACUACGGACUCUAAGCGACCCAAACAAACAUCGGCGAGCCACGUGCAGGCAGCGGGCGGGAGUGUCGUGGUUGAGAGCUGGAAACGAAGAGAGGAGAAUAACUAGAGGCUACACAGGAAGGAAGGUCAAGGGAUAACGACCCACGAAGCGUCAGAGGUCAAAAGAAGCAUCAUCUUGCCGCUCGGCCUGCUGGAAGUGUCUCUGACCCCCGAGGUAGAAGAAGAAUUCCACCGCCUCCAUCCUUCACCCUCCCGCGGCUGUGGGUCUGAGGCCGUGGCUCCAUGGCCCGCCCUGAAGCUGGCCCCUGAGGCAGUGGAGACGGCGAGGGUUCUGCAGGCCCCGGUGUGGAGGUGUUGAGGGGCGCCAGGUAUUGAAUCAUGGCAAAGAAAGGCAAGUUUAGGGGUCGGCCUGGUGGGGAGAAGGCUCCUGGUGGUAAGGUCAAAGAGAAGAAACACAACCCUUUUGAAAUUCACAUCAACCGAGUGAAGCAUGACGUGGUGGGGAGGAAGAGCAAGCUGGACCGGGGCUUGCCAGGGGUGUCCAGGGCCAAGGCUGUCAAGAAGAGGGAGAAAACUUUAUUACAAGAGUACAAAGUUCGCCACAAGACCAAUGUGUUCAUGGACAGACGUAUUGGUGAGAACAACGCUCACAUGGAUCCGGACAAGAAGAUGGCACUGCGUCUUGCUGCGGAGAAAAGGAGGCAGUUUGGGAAGAAAUCACUGUUCAACCUGAACGACGACGAAGAGUUGACGCACGCCGGCCAGGCGCUUGACGACUCCAACCUGAACGACAAGCUUGGCCUCAGUGAUGAUGAAGAUGAUGAUGUACUGGAUGCCAAGUUUGUGAAGGAACAACAUUUUGGUGGUGGUGGCCUGCUCACGAGGCGGGGCGCUGGCGAUGACGAAGAAAAAGACAAGCCCAAGAGUCGAAAGGAGUGGAUUGAUGAGAUAAUUGCAGAGUCCAAGAAGAAGAAGGCAGAGUCCAAGAAAGAAAAAGAGGAACAAUAUGAAGCUGUCAACAAGCUCAACUCUGAACUUCAGUCUUUCAUGAAACUGAUGGCGAGUCAGACGAUGACCAACGAUGAUAAGGACAAUGCCAAGAAAAAUUGUGAGUUCAGGGAUUAUGACACUUUGGUCAAAGAGCUGAUAUUUGAUCGCACGGGCAAAGCCAAAGCUGUGGAGAAGCUCAAGACACCGGAGCAGCUGAUCAGUGAGGAGCGAGAGCGGCUGCUGGCCCAGGAGGCGGACAGGGUGAGGCGCAUGAAGGGGGAGAAGCCCGGCACAGGAGCUAAGCCGAAGAGUGCCGAUGACCUUGACGAUGGGUUUACUCUGAGUCAAGACAAGAGAUUCCACGUCAGUUAUAAAGACGGUGAAAUGCUUUCCCACACGGACCCCGAGGAGGGAGGCGAGGAAGAGGAAGACACGGGGAAGGCAAGCGAUGCCAGUGAAGAGGAAGAAGAUAAGGAAGAGGAUGAAGAGGAGGAUAAAGAAGACCAAGAACUCAGUGGAGAUGAAGAAGACAAUGAAAAGGAAUCUGAUGAUGAAAGUGACAGAUAUUCAGACAUUUUGGAGGCAAGUGAUAGUGAGGAUGACGACGCUGUUGGGGAAGAGGAAGAGAAGAAAGAAAAAAUCUCAAAAAGCAAAAAAGAAAAUACUGACAAAAAGGAAAUGAUGGCAGCAGCAAAAAAAGAAAUUCCAUACACAUUUGAAGUACCCCAAGACUAUGAUGCAUUCUGGGCAUUGUUGGAGAAUCAUUCCCCCAAAGAAGUGAGUCUCAUCCUGGAGAGAAUGAUCACCUGCAACCACCCAAGUCUUGGAGGCAAGAACAAAGAGAAGUGUGAUGACAUCUUUGCCUACGUCCUCCAGACUCUGCACAUCCUGAUGGAGGAGGACAGUGACUCCCUGGUGGCCGGCGUGUCUCCAUUUCUCUACGUGGACCACCUUGUGCCCUCCCUCUACACCCUCACUCAGGUGUCAGCACCGAACUCCGCCAAAGCUCUGAUGCAGGUGAUUGAGGAGAAGCACGAGGACUGCUCCAAGGCAAAGUUCCGGAGAUACCCGACGGCGAGCACGUUCAUAUUCUUGAAGAUAGCCGGUCUGCUGUUCCCGGCAUCGGAUUACAUCCACCCUGUGAUGACGCCGGUGGUGGUGUUCCUCUGCCAGCUGCUGGGCCAGGCCAAGGUUGCCACUCGCAGGGACAUCACAGCUGCAUUGUUCACAGCUCAUCUAUUAUAUGAGUAUUUGAGUCUCUCAAAAAGAUUUGUACCUGAAUUGACAAACUCAAUGGCUGGCCUUCUGUUCAUGGCUGUUGGAGGCAAAGACAAGACUCGGCUGCCUCUCACUCCGCCCUUCAAGUGUGUGGGGCCCACGGCUUCCCUCCUGCUGCUGGAGACUGCUGUGACAGAAUUUUCAGAAAGCAGAUUAGCAUUUGCAGACAUAAAUGAUAAAGAAGCACAGAUUGAUGACUCCUUUAAAGUCAAUGUCCUCUGCAAGGUUAUCAAGCUGCUCAAGCUUCUGUGUAAUUGUUGGGUCGAACUGCCAUCUAUCCGGGCCAUCAUGGCACCUGUGAAGACAUUGCUGGAGGCUCUUUCCUUAGAAUAUUACCCGGCCAGUGCAAAGGAGUUAGUAAAGGAACUCUUGUUGGUGCUGGAAUCUUUACCAAGUGAGAGCAGCAUGCUGGUGAGAGAAGAAAAGAAACCCACAGCAAUUAAAAUGCUGGAGCCUGCCAUUGAAAAGAUAAUUGAUGGUGUAAAGAAGCGCCAUGGAACAAAAGAAUACCUUGAGAAACAGAAACUUAUUCAUAAGCUGAAGCGAGAAAAGAAGGGAGCAAGGAGAGAGAUACAAAGAGACACGGCUUUCCUGGCUCGUCAACAGCUUCAGGAGACACUUCAAAGCGAUGCUGAGCGCAAGAGGAAGGUCAACCAAAUCAUGAGUGGCCUCCAGGUACAAGAAGGAGACUUCAAGAAAAUGAAGAGGAACAAAUGACAACUUCCUGGUGUCAGUUUUCAUCAAACCGAGUUGAACAGUUUUUCUCCUCAAGAAACAGUUCCUGAACUUCAACGGGUGAAUGGUUCAACCACUGUGUGUAAGGCGUCUCUCCAUCCAGGCGGCUUCCUUGCAGGGUGAGACACCUGGCAAGGACCAUAAAUUGUCAGAGGGCUGCAACACUUUGCAGGGUCCACAAUGCACCUGGUGGGGAUACGCUUCUUGUUGAUAUAUCAAAAAAGACUUCCAGUUUAUCUCUGGAGCCCCUUUGAGGUAUUAUACAAUUACAGCACAGCAGGUAGUGACUUUUUUAUUUUUAAAAUUAUCUUCCAUUACAGCUGCCUUUCCAUUUUGUAUAAUGUUGAGUGUAGUAGCAAAUAUCUUAUAAAUGGUAAGAUGCUCCUACGGGGAAAAAUUGAUCUUUCAACAUUGGGGCCGCCAAAUGGCGGGAUGAAGAGUAUCCCCUUUCUCCCUUGGGCAGUAUGGCAACUCCUGCCUUCUGGAGAAUAUUAUUUCCCUGAAAAUACUAUCAUUGGGAAUUUUGAUAAAAAGUAUACACAUACAUUAGUCUCUAUUGUGGCAGGAGUACAGAAAUAUGUCAUAUUGAUGAAUAUAAGUGUAUGAGGUCCUUUUAGAGAUUAAAGGUGCUAUCACACGGCAACUUUAGGACACAACAGAGCAGUUAGACUGCAUGGAGAAGCCAAGAACAGCAGGAAGAACCUACUGUAGUGCAUUUGGUUGCUGCAAUGCUAGAGCACAACAGCCAGAAUGAUCCUAUCAACCUCUAACAUUGCAGCAUCCAAUUACAGUACAGCAGGUUUCUUCUGCUGUUCUUGGGUUCUGCAUGCUGAGUUUCAUUGAUGUGUCCUCUCUGACACAUUUCUAUACUCCUGCCACUACAGAGACAAUCUCAUGUGGAUACUUUUCAUCAAAACUCACAAUGACUGUAUCAACAGAGUAAUGAUAAUCUCCACAAGGCAGGAGUUACCAAAGAAGGAUGGGACGUGGCCAUUGACAGAUUACGUUUUGUAUAUUACCCUUGACUUUAACCAAUUUUCAUCAGAGAAACUGAAAAAAGUCCUGUAAUGUCGCACCACUGACUGCUGCGGAUUGAACUCAGGCCUUCUGAGUAUAAGUCAGGACAGCAAACCAACUGAGCCACUGAUGAGCUACAAGGUCACUGCAUCGUAGGCCAUUUCAGCAGCACCUUAUUCCUGACGCCCUGCACUGUGAGCAUGAAGGAAAGGUGACCCCGCUCAAACUCAAGGUAGCUGGAGAUGCUUUUAAUCAAGCCACAGUGGCACAUACAUAAGAGAAACUGCAACAACGCAGUGAAAAAUCACAUAAUGUAACUCCUCUGAGUGGCGAGGUUUGAACCUGGACCUCCUGAGAAGUCGGCAGCAAACUGAACAGCUCAUUGGUGGCUCAGUUGGUUUGCUGACCUCGGAUGGCCCAGGUUCAAACCCCACCCCUCAGUGGUGUUAAAUUGCAGGAUAUUUCACUGUGUUAUUAGAGUUUCUCUAGUGUAUAUAUACAUUGUAUGUGCCAUUCUGGAUUGAUUAAAAGCAUCUCCAGCUACCAUGAGGGUGAGUGGGGUCACCUUCAUGCCCACAGUGUGGGGCUGGGGCAUCAGGAAUAGUGCCACAAAACUGGCCUCUAGCACGGUGAUGUUUUAGCUAAUCAGCGGGUCAAUUGGUUUGCUGCCCUGACUUCUACUUGUAAGACCUGGGUUUGAUACCUGGCACUGAGUGGUGUUACACUACAGGAAACAAUUUCCAGUUUAACCCUUUCCAUCCGUGACGCAGACGUCGGCGUCACAGUAUGAAAAGAAAGGGUUAAGAGGAAAUGGAAGAGGAUUAAUCCUCUUCUAAACCUCUCAAUUCCUUUUAAUCCUCUUCUAUUUCCUCCUAAGAGGUUUAGAAGAGGACUAAAACCUUUUUCAUAUGGUGACACCAUUGGACACCAACGUCGGCAUCACCGGAGUGAAGGGGGCAGCAGUAAUUACUGCAAGUGGUGAAAAUGACUACUCAGCUAAUCCAUCUAUUGCUAGCAAUUGAAUAUUAAGCUGUUCUGACUGAACAGCAGUUGGAGUCAGCCAGUUCCCUGAACAUGCUAGAAAGUGGCCUAUCCACACAAGUUCAGCCGUUCUCUCUGGCAAAAUAUUUUUUUAUUUAUUUUUUUCAUGCUGGAUUUUACUACAGUAAAAAGAAUUUUGGCAUGACAGAAGUUCUCCUGAAUGCAAUGGUCAAAUUUUGUAUAAUAUGAAAAGGAAAGGAAAAAAAAAAAAAAAACUUUAUAUAAUAUAAACUAAAAAUGGCAGCCAACAUUGGCUGCACAAGGCAAGAUGUCUGUCCCACAGUGUAAAGCCCCUGUUUUAUGGUGAUAACAACUUGGUUCACUGUUACGUACUUCUCUUCCUAUCUACAUUUUGAAAAAUCUUAUUACUUUAUCAUAUGGAGAACUUUCUGCCACACCACUCCUCGAUAGUUACAUACUAUUGGCAUGAACAAAAAUCAUUAUGAACUUUCAUAGCCCACAUGCAAUUUGAUUUCUACUAUCUUUAAUAUAUUUGAACUCAUAUGUUAAAUCUUAAUUCAUUAUCAUCCUACUUUCCAAGGAAAAACUAAAUACACAAUGUAGGCGAGACUGGCUGACUCAAAAUUCUGUCCAAUUGGCAAGAUGCUUCAGCUUCAAUUGCAAGCUGGGAGUAAACAGAGUAUUACAGUUCCUGAGUCCAAGGCAAUCCUUACUUGACAAUGGCUACUGAUUGUCACGCAAAACAUUUGUGCAUAUUAUGUUAAGUUUGCUAAUGUACAUGACUGGUCUAAAUUUUAUAUAUUUAAUAAAUGUCCAAAAUGAA